AUGAAGCUGUUGCUUCUGCUUCUUGCCAUAUCUGUGGCAACAGAACUGGUGAUGGCAGGCAGAAAUUCUCCCCUUCCAUGCAUGGCUGACCUAGGAUUCUGUAGGCCUUCCUGCAAGAAGGAUGAACAGCCCUACUUCUACUGUAGAAAUUACCAGAGAUGCUGCCUCCAGCCCUACGUGAGGAUCAGCCUUACGGGUGGUAAAUGA